UGUAAGAGUGUGCGGACGUCUGCCCCGGCAAUCGGCGGUAAACUUCAGCACAAAACCGGAAAAAAUAAAUUUGCGCUAGUGCAGCGGAAGUUUAGCGUGCCUAUUUGGCCAGUGAAAGUGGCAUAAUAAAACUAACAAUAAUACAUUCAAAGUUUCGCACUUUGCUGGCGGCUGAACUGCAAAUAUGGGAAAGGGUUUCCCUGGCAUCUUCCUGCUGCUGAUGCAGUGUCUUUGUUUGAGUCGGGCCAGCUUCUCGGAGUUAAAUAAUUCGGACCCCAAGUUCAGCGGUCCCAUCAACAACUCAACAGUUCCCGUGGGACGCGAUGCCCUGCUCACGUGCAUUGUCCACGACCUGGUCAGCUUCAAGGUGGCCUGGCUGCGGGUGGACACGCAGACCAUUCUGAGCAUCCAGAACCACGUCAUCACCAAGAACCAUCGCAUCGCCAUCUCCCAUACGGAGCAUCGCAUCUGGCAGCUGAAAAUACGCGAUGUUCAGGAAUCGGAUCGCGGAUGGUACAUGUGCCAAAUCAACACAGAUCCAAUGAAGAGCCAAAUGGGCUACUUGGACGUGGUGGUGCCUCCCGAUAUCGUCGACUACCAGACCAGUCAGGAUGUGGUUCGAGCUUCGGGUCAGAAUGUAACGCUCACGUGCAGUGCGACGGGGGUUCCCCUGCCAACGAUCACUUGGCGUCGCGAGGGAUCUGCUCCACUCCUGCUUUCAGCCGAUGGCGACCGGAAGAUGUACAGCGUGGAGGGCCAGAAUCUCACGCUGUGGCAGGUGCAGCGCGAUCACAUGGGCGCCUACCUUUGCAUUGCCUCCAACGGAGUGCCACCCACAGUUAGCAAACGCGUUAUGCUGGUGGUGAACUUUGCUCCCACAAUCUGGACACGAUACAAUACCAUCUACGUGGGUCUGGGCCAAAAGCUGACGCUGGAGUGCAUCACAGAAUCGCAGCCGGCAUCGGUGAACUUCUGGCUGAAGGACUCCGAGCUGCUGCAAGGAGGUUCCUACGAGUCCGACCCAGUGGACCAUGCCUACCGGGUUGUGAUGCGGAUCACCCUGCGUCCAAUUACGAAGCGGGAUUUUGGGGAGUACAAAUGCAGGGCGAAGAAUGCGAUGGGCCAAACAGAUCGGAUUAUAACAGUGCAUCAUAAAGCCAAGAAGCACGGGCAGCAUUCGCAUCAAACUUCCUCCCGCGAAAGUCAGUUCAUUGUCAUUGAAGAAUACAUUGCCAGCGAGUCUGAUAAGAGCUGCAGCUUCCGCCCCCUGUGGAUUAUAUUUCUAUGUUUCGUUAAUAAAUUUUCAAGCUUGUGA